UCAACUCCAAAGACUUGCGAUGAGUAUGAUCUACAAAACCUUUUCUAUAAGGUGCAAGUUGAAUGAUCGGUGGAGACCCACAAGUAGAGGUUUGGGUGCAAGCUUCCGGAUUAUUGUUUCCUGUAGAGCAAGAAUCGUUGACCCACAAGUUAAAGCUACUGUCUAGCUUUAACGUAUGUGAAUUAUUCAUUAGUAGGUUGGCCUCUGUAACAUACGAUUAAUUUGUUGUCGAAUCUUUUGUGACUGAGAUGAAAACGGAGACCAACCAAUGGGUUCUCAACUCCGAAGACUUGCGAUGAGUAUGACCUACAAAAACCAAGGGGGAAGGAGGUGUACGACGAUGGAUGAGAGCCAAAAGGAUCAGCUAGUCUGCUUGUUAAGGCAGGCAUUCAGGUUGCUUUAGUUUCGCAGUAGAAAUCUGGAGGCGAAGGCGUACGCACCAUAUAGCAACUGCAUGCUAUGGGGGAUCCCGCCGCUCUUGCCAAUACGGAUUCCAUUCACGACGGCACAGAGGAUGCUGAUCCACUGCAUGUUCUCAACAGGAGACAUUUUCUCACGGUGAAGUCUCAUUUCCGUCGGAAGAGGCACGAGGCACUCUUGGUUCUAGCCGUGGAAGAUCCUGGUCGCCCGGUGAACCUCAUGAACGACACUUUGCUCCACGUCGUCAUAGCUUGCAACAAGACCGACCUCGCCAGAAGUAUUAUCUUGCAGAUGCCAGUGGAGACCCUCGCGGCCAAGAAUUUGUACGGCGACACGGCUCUUCAUGUCGCUGCCGCCAUGGGUAACAGCGAGGUGGCCAGGGAGCUGUUCGGCAGGAACGAAGAUCUCAUCGAAGAACAGAACUUGAAGCAGGAGACACCACUGCACAAAGCGGCGUUCUACGGGCAUCAUGACAUGUUCUGGUGCCUGGUUAACGAGGGGAAUGGCUCCCCGUACGAGCGGAGGGAGGACGGCGCCACCAUGCUGCACUGUGCCAUCAUGGGCAACGAGCCGGGGCUGGCACUGGAGAUUGCAGAGCGUUUUCCAUUGCUGAUCACGUCGAGGAAUACUAUGGCGGUAACCCCAUUGCAGCUGAUGGUGACCGUUCCGGGGUUAUUCCGAAGCCAAAUGGUAAUUGGCGGCUUCGAGUCCAUCCUCCAUGACUGUAAGUGCUGCCCCGCCUCUUCCUUCAACGCCCCCAGCGCCCCGCCCUCCCCCCUGCUUCUCUAUUUAUUGCACUACAUUUCCUACCAACGACUACCUUAA